GGCAACAUGGUCUUCGAAAGUGUGGUUGUAGAUGUCCUCAAUAGGUUUUUAGGCGACUACGUUGUCAACCUUGACAGCUCUCAACUCAAGCUCGGCAUUUGGGGAGGUGAUGCAGUUCUCAGAAAUCUUGAAAUCAAGGAAAAUGCUUUGAGUCAACUGGACAUUCCUUUCAAAGUUAAGGCAGGGCACAUAGGACGGCUGGAACUGAAGAUUCCAUGGAAGAACCUGUACACACAAUCAGUGGAGGCAACUCUAGAUGGUGUCUACCUGCUUAUAGUGCCCACAGCCAGUGUAAAGUAUGAUGCAGAAAAGGAGGAGAAGCAGCUGCAGGAGGCUCGUCAGAGAGAGUUGCAGAGGAUCGAGGAGACCAUGCAGAAGGCUGCUGAGAUAGAGAACCCUAACCCAGAAAAGCAGGACACUUUUGUCGAGAAGCUAGUUACGCAGGUUAUCAAAAACCUGCAGGUCAAAAUUUCAAACAUCCAUGUCCGCUAUGAGGAUGAUGUUACCAAUCCCAAUUGUCCUUUGUCCUUUGGAGUAUCACUUAAAAACCUCAGCCUCCAGACGUGUGAUGAGAACUGGAAGCCCUGUCUUUUGGAUGAGAAGUCCAAGCUUUUCUUCAAGCUAGUUCAGCUGGACAGCUUGUUUGCCUACUGGAAUGUCAACUCAGUGCUCUUCUCCAAUCACCUUCCAGAUGAGGCCCUGCAAUGUCUCCAGAGCACCAUGGAUGUCCAAAACUCAUUUCUCAUCAGCCAUGACUUUGUUUUUCGUCCCAUCACAGCAGAUGCGAAGUUGCGCAUGAAUCCGAGGUCAGAUGUAGACUUCUCAUCUCCUAAAGUUGACCUUGUGGUCAAUCUCAGAGAGGUGGCCAUUGAACUUAAUAGAUCUCAGUACAAAAGCAUUCUGGAGCUUCUGUGCUCAGUGGAUAUGAUGUCACGGAACCUGCCAUACAGGAAGUACAGGCCGGAGGUCCCCAUUCACAGCAAUGCCCCAAUCUGGUGGCAGUAUGUAAUCACAGGCAUCCUGGAGGUGGACGUGAAGCCUCGUCUCCAUAUGUGGUCAUCAAAGCACAUCUUCCAGCACCGGGCGACUGUGAAACGCUACCGGGAGCUCUAUAAGACCAAGAUAACCAGCAAGAAUCCCAGCGAGGAGCUGCUUAAAGAGCUAGAGGAACCUGAGAAAACACUGGAUAUUUUUAACAUCACGUUGGCCAGACAGCAGGCAGAGAUGGAGGCAAGUAAGGCAGGGCUGCGUAUUUACCGUCCAGGCAUUAAGAUGGAGGAAGAGGAGUCCCAGGGCUGGAUGAGCUGGAUAUGGAGCUUUGGGGGAACAAUGGAUACAGAAACCAAAGAAGUCAAAAGUGGAGCCUCGGGAUUUGAUGAGCUGAUGACCCCGGCUGAGAAGGCCAAAAUGUACACUGCCAUUGGAUACAGUGAAACUGCUGUCAAUCCUAAUCUUCCAAAAGAUUUUGAGGACAUGAAGGUCAACUUCCACAUGGAGAAACUGUCGAUGUCCAUUAAAGAUGAUAAGGACAAGAAUGAGAUCAUCAGGCUGACUGUUGGAGAGCUUAACUCCAUGCUCACUCAGAGAUCCGGCGCACAAGCUAUUAAACUCACAGCUCAGCUCACUUUGUUCGAGGUGACUGGCCUGGCCAAUAAAAAGGCUGCACCCACCCUGCUGUCGUCCAGGAAGGCUGGGACUGCAGGAACCCCACUGCUUAGUAUUCUGUUUGAAACAAACCCGUUAGACGAGAGUGCUAACCAGCGACUCUAUGUAGAGUCACAGCCCCUGGAAAUCAUCUACGAUGCUGUGACAGUAAACAGUAUGUCGGCAUUCUUUAUGCCCCCUGAAGAUUUGCAGUUGGAUGAGUUGACCAACGCUACCCUGAUGAAACUGGAACAGUUUAGAGACCGUACUUCCACUGGUUUGAUGUAUGUGAUUGAGACACAGAAGGUUCUAGAUCUUAACGUGAACCUGAUGGCGUCCUAUGUCAUCGUUCCACAAACGGGCUUUUACGACUCCACACAGAACAUAAUUUUGUUGGAUCUGGGGCACUUCAAGAUGUCCAGUCAAAGCAGGAAAGAUCUGCCCCAGCUCUCAUUGGUCAACAGUACCAUUGAAGACAUCAUGUCUAGAGCAUAUGACAGCUUUGAUGUACAACUCAGCAGCCUACAAUUCCUCUAUAGCAAACCAGAUGGUGACUGGAAGAAGGCACGUAAGGAGAAACGGUCAUCCCUUCACAUCCUUGAACCAAUGGAUCUGAAGGUGUUGUUUAGCAGGGCCAUGGUCGUCACAGACUCACGCAUGGCAAAGUUUAAGAUCUCUGGGGAGCUUCCCCUACUGUCCCUUCGUAUCUCUGAUGAUAAGGUUCGAGGCAUUCUGGAGCUGGUAGAAAGCAUCCCAUUGCCUGAGAGCAGACCAGCACAACGAAGCACUGCCCCACAUUCCACUCCUAAGCCAAAGUCAUCGUUCACCCCCCAGCUGACCCCCAGGAGACCUCCCAAUGUGGCUGACCUACGCUCUUCAGUUGUGUUUCAUUCAUGUGAGACCAUCAGCAUUUCUUCAUUAGGUUCAGAAGAGGAGUUGUUCUUUGAUGCUCCCAGCUCUCCCAUUGAUGACCGGCCAUUCUUCCCAGACAUGCCCAGUAGCCUGCAGCGCUCAGACUCACUUAAAAGAAGAGGCUUGGUCAAAAAGGACCCUCAGAAGAACAUGACUGAGUUCCUGAUGAGAUUUGAGAUCAGCGAGUUGUCUGUGCAGCUGUGUCGUCUAUCUGGGGUUCAGGAGGUCACCGUGCUCCACCUGGACAUAGAGGGCCUGGGCACCGAGCUAAAACUCCGCACCUUUGACAUGACAUCAUAUACCUUUAUUAGAGAGAUUUGCCUCAAGUGUCCCGAGUACAUGGACUCGGAAGAGAAGGAGGUUCAUCUAAUAACCACUUUAGACAACACAGAGGAUGACCUGCUCACCCUGGAAUACAUUAAGGCUGAUAAGAAUGGUCCUGAGUUCAAGUCUCAACACAAAAAUACAGAACAGCUCAUCAAGGUAAACUUCUCGUCACUGGAUGUGCAUCUCCAUACAGAGGCUCUUCUCAAUGCCAUGAACUUCCUCAACAGCCUUCUCCCUCCAUCUGCCAAAAAGGAAGGAGGGCAGGAGGAGCUGCCCACCAUCCAUGAGGAGGAGGAGGAGGGAGAGGAAGAGGAGGAGGGGAAGAAGGAGUCCACAAUGAUCAAGAAACAAACCUCUAAGAAGUCAAAGUUUGAAGAUGUAGUAAAUCUACAUAUAAGAGCAGAUCUCAACUGUCUGAAGGUUUUCAUCCGAGGGCAAAAAGCCAGGAUCUCAGAGAUCAGCAUUGAAGGUUUGGUGUCUGAGGUUCUUAUGAGGAAAAAAGAGAUGGAAGUUCUGGCCAACUUGAGGAACAUUAUCAUCCUGGACUGUGAUAAAGAGGCCCUGUACAAGAAGGCGGUGUCCAUAGCGGAUAAGGAAGUGUUUGCCUUUCAUAUGGUGAACUACACAGAUGCCACAGAGGGAGAUGCCUACCUAGAUAUGUGUAAAGUUGAUACUUCUGUUACAUUGACUGUAGGAUGCAUCCAAGUCAUCUUCCUCAACAAGUUUGUCUCCUCCAUACUGUCAUUCGUCAAUAACUUCCAGGAAGCUAAAGAUGCCCUGGCUGAGGUGACAGUCCAGGCUGCAGAGAAGGCAGCUUCAGGCGUGAUGGUACUUGCAGAGCGCAGCACACGGAUCUCUCUGGAUGUUCACUUCAACGCACCUAUCAUCUUCCUCCCUCAAUCUUCCUCCUCCUCCAAUGUCAUUGUAGCUGACCUGGGCCUGCUGUCAGUCAAGAAUCACUUUGCCAAGGUGCCGUCCAAAACCCAUGUCAAGAUCCCACCCAUUGUGGAUAGCAUGACAGUGGGACUGAGCGACCUCAAGAUGUACAGAACCACAUAUGAAGCAGGACGGUUUCAGGGAGAGACCCAGCUGUUGAAGCCAGUCAACCUGGACUUGUCUAUUCAGAGAAACCUGUCCUCCACAUGGUACCAUAGCAUACCUGAUAUCGAGAUCGCCGCACACCUCAAACCCAUGAAUCUGAUCCUGAGCCAGGAUGACAUGAUAGUGGUCCUAAGGACUCUGAGUGAGAACUUAUCAGAAACAUCUGACGCCGUUCCCCCCCCUGCUCAGUUGGCCAUCUCUGACCCCUCUGCUGACACUGUAUCCAACAAAGAGUCCCAGGGCUCUGGAACUACAGGACCAACCAGCAGUAACACUGUGGUGACAGCUGCUGUUGUGGAGACACAGAGGACCAGCAAGCUGAAGAAUACACUCAAACUGGACUUUAAGUUUGAUUCUAUGACGCUGACCAUUUAUAGCCCUAGUGGGAAUGAGGUGCAGCUUUGGGAUUCUCGUGAUGAGCAGCUGAUGCUGGCGGAAUUUACCCUUGGUACCAUCUCUACCUCUGUCCAAAUGUUCUCUGACAGCUCCAUGAAGGCUUCAGUCAAACUGGCCAACUGCCUGCUGGAUGACAAGAGGCCCCGAGUCAAGAUGGUCACACCCAGGAUGAUGGCAAUGCAUCCCGGCGCUGAGCAGAACAUGAUGGUUGAAGUGAACUAUCGACAGGGCCGUGAAGGCACUAUUCUGGACACUGUGGUGCAGGACAUUUACCUGUGUGCCAGCAUGGAGUUUCUGCUCACUGUGGCAGACAUCUUCCUCAAGGCAUCCCAACAGGGUUUUGCUCCAACCCCACAACCCAAGGGCAGUGCUGGAGGUGGAGACAAAAAGAGCACUGCCUCCGCUGCUGCAUCUAAGGAGUCUGCUGUAGCUUCAGCAGUGGUGUUGAAGACUGAGAUAAAUGUUCUGGUGCGAAACCCGGAGAUUCUGUUUGUGGCAGACCUGACGCGUGCCAACGCCCCUGCCUUGGUGAUGACCACACAGUGUGAGCUGGUGAUGAAGAGUGCGGCGGAGGGAUCACUUGUGACUGCUGUCAUCAAGGACCUCAAGGUAGUCGCAUGUCCCUUCUUGAGAGAAAUGAGGAGAAACAAUGUGACCACAGUGCUACAGCCCUGUCAGGUGUUCUUCCAAAGCAAACAGUCUCCCACUUCCCCCCAGGCUAUGGAGGUCUGCAUCAAGGCUCUCACACUGAAGGUGUCUCCCAUCAUCAUCAACACUGUGAUCACCAUCCAGUCAGUGCUGACACCUGCAGCGGAGACACCCCAGGAGCUGGACAGCCCCAUACCCCCAGAUCUAUGGGAGAGGCGAUGCUGGAAGGAGCUCAAACUGUGGUUCCUGGAGGAGGAGGGGGAUGAGGAUGCUCAGUCACAGACUCCAUUAAUACCACAGGGAGAGUCCCUACAGGUAGCCAUCAACUCCCUCUGUGUGACCCUGGAGGCAGGUGUUGGGCACCGCACUGUUCCCAUGCUUUUGGCCAAAUCCUCUUUUCAUGGAGACGUCAAGAACUGGACAACACUCAUUAACUUACAUAGCCAGCUCAACCUUGAGGUUCAUUACUACAAUGAGGUGUUGGGAGUAUGGGAACCGUUGCUGGAACCACUGGAGGAUGAGACUGGAGAUGGCUUCAGACCUUGGACACUAGGACUGAAGAUGAAGAAGAAGCCAGUGAAGUACCAUUACCAAGGCAUUUCAGAUGAAGUAGAUUAUAAUGUACCAGAUUAUAAAACUGUCAUUAGCGUCAGCAGCAAGGACCAGCUAAAUAUCACACUCUCCAAGUGUGGACUGGGCAUGCUCAGCAACCUAGGCACGGCAUUUGCAGAGGCUGCCAAGCAGACGGCAGAGGUGUUCCAGAAGGACGAGGCUCCCUUCGUGGUGAAGAACCGUCUGGGUCUGCCGGUGUCUGUCCUCCACAGUGAGAUGUUCAACCCCAUUGGGCUACAGAGCAUCAACCGCGUUGUAGAGCUUCAGGAUGGCGAAAGCCUCAAUAUGGACUAUUUGAGAACCACAAUGGACUCUGACCAGUUUUCUGCUAUGACCUCCCUAAGUGCCAAGGACUACUACAUACAGCCAACUCCCGUGGGCCACACAUCUGCCAGUGUGAUCCCUCUGAUCAAGGUGGGCCGUGGGAUGUACAGUGUUAUGCACAAGGACUCAGGAGUCACUCGCUUCCUGGUCUGUCAAAUCUACUCCGUGGAGGGCAGCAAGUACAUCAAGAUCCGCUCUCCCUUCCAGAUCAUCAACCACUUCUCCAUCCCAUUUAAAGUGUUUGAGGGAUCAACAUAUCUGGGGACAGCAAUCCCCACUGAGGAGUUCUGUGUGCCUCUGGAUUCAUACAGGUCUGAACUGACCCUACAGCCAGUAACAGCAGAAGAUGCUGAUGGUGAGGAGCAGUUUUACUGCUCUGAGGGCUUCAGCUAUGAUGACAUCAGUGGCCAGGAACGCCUGACUCGGCUGCAGCAGACGUGCCGUCGUCGUGGAGACCAGGCUGGUGUGCUGAUGGUCAACAUUGUGCCGUUGAAGGACACCGUGACAUUCAAACACACUGGGGGUGUUGGGGAGAAUUUUGAUGAGCCCUUCAUCCUUCACCUGUGGCCGUCCAUCCUGCUACGCAACCUGCUGCCUUACCCCAUCACAUACAAGCUAAAGGACAGUGGAGACUUGGCCCCAGAGGCCACUCUGAAACCAGGCCACUCUGCCCAGCUUCAUACAGCAGUCAUCAACCAAUCAAGUCUGGCUCUCCGCCUUCUUGAGUACCUGGCUCAGGAUUGGUCUGCAGAGUACAGUCUCCGCAGUGACCAGGAGGAGAUCACCUUCGUUGUGUUCCAGUCUCUUUUGGAAGAAGAUGAUGAAGAGUGUGAUGGAAUAAAUCAGAAGAGAGUAGAGUUGGACAUAGCAGUGCAUGUUAAAUACGACCCUGGACAGACAGUGGUGGCUAUCCAUUCAUCUUAUUGGAUGGUGAACAAGACGAGCAGGUUGCUGCAGUACAAGGCUGAUGAUGUCCACCGUAAGCACCCCCUGGACUACGACAUGCCUCUCCUCUUUUCCUUCAAACCGCGGAACCUCCUGCAAAACAACAAGGUGCGUCUGAUGAUCUCAGACAGUGAGUUGUCCGACGACUUCUCUCUAGAUACCGUUGGCAGCUACGGAGAUGUGAAAUGCAAAGGCAGACACAAAGAUUACCUGGUUGGGGUGAAGAUUGAUGCCAGUAGUUUCAGUCUGACUCGCAUCGUGACCUUUGUGCCGUUCUACAUGCUGGUCAACAGAAGCAAGCAUGUGAUCUGGAUCAGCGAGGAGGGACAAGAGAACUGGACUGAGGCUCAGCCAGAACAGUCAGCCAUUCCAUUCUGGCCAGAAAAGGACACCAAGAAGCUAAAGAUCAAAGUUGAAGGUUGUGAAUCACCUCCUCGAACCAUUGAUUUCACACGGCCAGAGAACUGCUUAUUGCUGAAUCUGGACAACACGCUGGGUGGGAUCGCCGUAGACGUGAAUCUGUCAGAGCACUCGGUUGUGAUCCGCUUCUCUGACUACCACGAAGGUGCUUCCCCCUUCCUCAUCAUCAACCACACCAAGGACCAGAUUCUUCAAUUCCAUCAAAGCUCCCAGAAGGAGACAGAGAAGGAGGAGCUGGAGCCAGGUAAAGCUGUUUACUACACAUGGACUGAGCCCACUGGGUCUCGAGAGCUGUGCUGGAGGUGUGGCAGCUACAAUGGCACGCUGAGGAGUGAGGAGGACUUGCGUGAAGAUAUGAAUGAUGAGGGCAAGCUAUUCUUGAUCUCGUUCUAUGAAGGUCUCCAGCGUGUGGUGCUGUUUACAGAGGAGCGGCGAGUCUACAAGCUGUUGUGUGAGAGUGAGAAAGCGCAGCUUGCCGAACAAGAAAUCAUCCUGUCGCUACAAGAUGUGGGUGUGUCACUGAUUAACAACAGCAGCAGCCAAGAGGUUUCCUUCAUCGGGAUCACAAGCUCUGACGUAGUGUGGGAGUCAAAGCCUAAGAAGAAGAAUCGAUGGAAGCCUCUAACCAGGAAAGAUGCGGAAAUGCUGGAAAAUAGAUUUAGAGAGUACAUAGAGUCUGGGCCGAUAGACAAUGGCAUCAUGGAUCUGGAAAACAACUUCCAGGUGUCCUUCACUCCCAAUGGCAUCGAUAUGCGAAUGUUGCAGCCAUAUGAUGCUCCUCUCAGGAGGAACUUCCUGCCUGGAGUGAAAGUGGAGUACAGUGUUUCCCCGCGACAGAGCGCCUACCGUGUUCAAAUCAACCGCAUACAGAUCCAGAAUCAGCUGUCGGGAGCCAUCUUUCCAUAUGUUUUCUACCCUGUUAAACUGCCCAAAUCUGUCACCAUGGACUCAGAACCUAAACCCUUAACAGAUAUCAGCAUUGUUACCAGGGCAGCAGGACACUCCGAUAUCUCUCGCAUCAAGUACUUCAAGGUGCUGAUCCAAGAGAUGGAUCUGAAGCUAGACUUGGGUUUUCUCUAUGCAAUCCUGGACCUCUUCACACCAGAGAACGCCAGCACCAUGAAUUCAGAACAAGAGGUGGAACUAUUUGAGAAGGAUAUCGAGUACCUGAUGACAGAGCUAAAUCACGUCUCUGCUGCCGACACCUCUCCAAUCAGCCUCUACGAGUACUUUCACAUCUCCCCUAUCAAGCUGCAUCUGAGUUUCUCUUUGAGUACGGGUGGGGAGGACGGCCUGAAGGAGAAGAGAGAAACAGAACUAAUUCCUGUCCAGUCCCUCAACCUGCUGCUGAAGAGCAUAGGAGCCACACUUACUGAUGUCCAGGAUGUUGUCUUCAAACUGGCUUUCUUUGAGUUGACGUACCAGUUCUGUACCACCCAGCAGCUCCAAUGGGAGGUCAUGAGACAUUACUCCAAACAGGCCAUUAAACAGAUGUAUGUGUUGGUGUUUGGCCUGGAUGUGCUGGGAAAUCCCUUUGGGCUGAUCAGAGGACUUUCUGAGGGGGUGGAGGCCUUUUUCUACGAGCCCUACCAGGGAGCCAUCCAGGGGCCUGAAGAGUUUGUGGAAGGCAUGGCUCUCGGGGUGAAGGCUCUGGUGGGUGGAGCUGUAGGGGGUCUAGCAGGUGCAGCGUCCAGGAUCACAGGUGCCAUGGCAAAGGGUGUUGCCGCCAUAACUAUGGAUGAGGAAUACCAGCAGAAAAGACGAGAGACCAUGAACAAACAACCCAGCGGCCUGAAAGAGGGACUGGCCAGAGGGGGCAAGGGACUGGUGUCUGGAUUUGUCAGUGGCAUCACUGGGAUCGUCACCAAACCAAUAAAAGGUGCACAAAAGGAAGGUGCAGCUGGCUUCUUCAAGGGUGUAGGGAAAGGUCUGGUGGGAGCAGUAGCCAGACCCACAGGAGGUUUCAUUGACAUGGUCAGCAGUACCUUCCAAGGGAUCAAGAGGGCAGCAGAGACAUCGCAAGAUAUUGCUUCUCUACGUCCUCCUCGCUUUAUCCAUGAGGAUGGCGUCAUUCGACCAUAUAAAGUGAUGGAGGGUAUCGGCAGUCAGAUGCUCCAGAAAAUUGAAAAUGGACGUUUUGCCAAGUAUAGAUACUUUGCUCAUGCCAAGGUGAACGAAUCUGACUUCCUUAUGAUUACAAAGAGGGGCAUUUUCUUUGUGACCAAAGGUACAUUUGGCCAGUUGACUUGUGAGUGGCAAUAUCUGUUUGAUGAGUUCACCAAGGACCCAAUGAUUGUAGAGGACCGGCGCCUUCGCAUUGAAGCUAAGGAGAGAGUUAAGUCUGUUUUCCACGCCAAGGAGUUUGGAAAGAUCAUCAACUUCAGAACUCCUGAGAUAGCAAAGUGGGUUCUGACCAAGUUAGAGGACGCAAGGGAGACCUUACCUAAAUGCUGAUGCAGAGGAGCAAGAAAUCAGCUCAUAAUUGUUAAAUACUGAACAUAAGUACUUAAUACAGCACACUAAAUACUGAACACAAACAUACUUAAAACUCACACAUAUGCACACCUUUGUGCCAGUGCCUUUUGUUCUUUGCAGUCUGCUAGUUUUGUUAACCUGUGUCAGUAACUAGUGAUACAAACCAUGUCGUACAUUGACUGUUAAGAGUUUUUAAGUGUGAGAUAAUGUGAGUGCGUGCGUGCAUUUGAGUGUGUGUGUGUGCAUGUGUGUUUCUCUGUGCAUGUGUGUGUGUGUGUGUGUGUGCAUGUGCGUGUGCAUGGGCAUGCUUACAGAAGUACUGAGUGAUUGUUGACAUCGAACAAAGGUGGAGAGGGUCUGCUUUGACCCAGUCUGUCUUCUCCAUGGAUUGUUGACAGUCAUGCAAUCUGCUUACCAUUAGACACACUGAAUGCAUUGUUAGACUCACACUGCUCGGAUUGCACCUAUCCUUGCACCAUGUUCUCAACACGACAUAUGGGCUCGUUUCCUCAGUUUCUUUGACAAAGUGCUACUGUCUGCUUGAGUGCAAAAUGCUGUAUUUUAGCAUUUUACACUUUUGAGGCUUUUCUUUUUACUUGGGUUGCCAUGUCAAGCCUGCUUAAGUCACUGUUUUCAAAGGAUUUGCUUUGACCAGAUACCAAUUCAUAAUUCCCACUUGAGACUGGUCUGUUCUUAUUACUUGGCAUCUAGAGACGCAGCUAUAAGCGACAAAGUGGAAGACAAAGCCUUGUAAAUGGCUAUGGGUGUACAAAUAGUUUUGUUGUUGCACAGAGUUGGGUUCAAUUUAAUGUAAUGUCACUGGAUAAUCUAAAAGGGAAAAUGUUCUACUUAUCAAGAAAGGGUGAGGGUAUAUCAUUCAGAAUCCAUAAGAUAUAUAUAUAUAUAUAUAUAUAUAUAUAUAUAGUGCUAGUCACAAAGGUGUUUGCAUUUAGUUUAAUUAAAUCCUUCCUGUUUUUUUACAGAUCUCUACAACAUUAAGACUGUUCAGUGUGUGAUUUUGAGACGCAUGCUAUUUUUAUACCGUACUUAUUAAUAAGCUGUAUAUUGAUCUAGAAUAAUCCCAGAUAUGUAUAUAUCCAUUCUCACAGUGAUCUGUGUUAUGGCAUUGCACAUUGUCAUUUUGUGAUUUUUAAGUUUUAUACUACAAGUAUGCAAUGCCAAAUUUGAGAGUUAUGUAGGAGAAAAGGUGUAUUUAAACAAACAAACAAAAUAGUGCAAUUAUUGUCAUCAUUGGCUGCUAUUUACUGACUUGUUUUAAAAGGUUGCUUUGAUUUAUUGUGCACUGCAGUAAUUCUAACGAAAUGUAUUUGAUGCCUUUGUUUUAAAUCCAUCAUUAUGUGAAGCAACAUAACCGCAGAAGCUUGAUUUGCCAUUUUUAGAAAAAUAAAAUAGCUAUUUCAAUUAUA